ACUGGGUCAGAGGAGCUGAUAGUUCAGAGAGGAGUUCGCGGCUCAGGAAGCGAUUCAUGUGACUCCGGCUGGGAAGGAGGAACCAGCGGCGAGCCCGGUGUCGGGGGCUGCAGGAUGGGCAGCGAGCUGCGGGGCUUCAUCUGCCUCUGGCUGCUGCUGCGGCUGCUGCAAGUCUCCCGAGCAGACAAGCAGCAGACGUGGCCGGUCCCUUACAGACGCUACGAUCAUCGGCCCACUCCUGAUCCAUUCUGUCAGCCCAAAUAUCCCUUCUGCCCUACAGGCUCUCCUAAUGGGGAGAUACCUCAACUGAAAGACCAGGAUCACAUUGAAGUUUAUCGGCUUCAGACUCCAGUCUGGAAGUUCAAAUAUGGAGAUCUUCUGGGACAUUUUCAUAUUAUGCAUGAUGCUAUUGGCUUCAGGAGCACCUUGACAGGUAAAAACUACACCAUGGAGUGGUAUGAACUCUUUCAACUUGGAAACUGCACUUUUCCACAUCUUCGACCCGGCAUAGCUGCUCCUUUCUGGUGCAAUCAAGGAGCCGCCUGUUUCUUUGAGGGAAUAGAUGACCUACAUUGGAAAGAAAAUGGAUCCUUGGUGAAAGUUUCUGAAGUAUCUGGUGAAAUAUUUAACAAAAUGGCCAAAUGGGUAAAGGAAGACAACAGAACUGGUAUAUACUACGAGACAUGGACUGUUCAAGCUGAUCCUAAUCCUGGCUCCAAAAUAUGGUUUGAAUCUUAUGACUGUUCAGCAUUUGUGUUGAGAACUUAUCAUGCACUGUCAAAAUUAGGUGCUGUUUUUAAGAGCCCAAUACAGACCAAUUAUACCAGAAUAUUUCUGUAUAGUGGUGAACCUACCUAUCUAGGUAAUGACAGCUCCAUAUUUGGGCCACAUGGCAACAAGACAUUAGCAGAACAAAUUAAUUCCUUUUAUCUUCCAUUUAGACCUCCACAUUCAGCAAAAGAAUUUAUAAUAAGCCUUUUGGAAAUAGUUGAAAAGGUUAUAGUACAGAACACUUUUUACCUUUAUUUUAAUUAUGAGUAUUGGUGCCUACCAAUGAAGCAACCUUAUAUUGAAAUAACAUAUGAAGAAAUUCCUUUACCUUCUUAACAUGCACAGUUUUUGUUAGUAGACAUUCAUUCAGGUAUUAGGAAAUGUAACUUUACUAACUCCGCUAAAAAUAUUAAUUGAUUAUAAAAUAAUGGGCACUGAUUAACGCAAUGAUAUUAUUUCAAACUUCCCCAAUGUUGACUUUCAAAAGUUGUUGACUGAUUAACCAGAUAUCUAACCAGUUCCUUGAAAUGAUGAGUUCACAAGAAUGAGCUGGAAGAGGAGGGAAAUAAAUGCUGUGGGAUAUGGUGUGAUGAGAAUGGAUGAAUAUCGACAGACACACAUUAUGCUCUGAAUUUAAUUGUCUGCCUUUGACAAUAUUGGUGUACCAUGGAUUAACGUCUUCCUAAAUAAAGUGUCACAUUUUGUGUCCAUUCUUAUUCUGAAGUCUGUUAAGCCAUUUUAGAGAGCAGGUGAGAAUCUACCAAAAUGAUCGAUCUUGGCCGAUGUCUGAUCUAGACAAUGUAUAGCAGGUUUUCUUCCUUGAAAUACAUGAGCCAGAUUUAUCAGCCAUUAGUGUCUAUGAAUCACUAUUACUGGCUCCUAUUUUCAUUACAAACCGACAAUCACUUGGUUAAUCCUGUGGUGGGAUUCAAAUGUACCUGCUAAUGAAUAAUUUGGGCAUCUGGAUAAUUAUAGUCUAGUAACUUGACCAUUUUGCUACUGCAUUUGCUUUUUUUCCACUUGCUAUAUGUUGAAUGUUUCCAAUUUACAUUUGUAUUAUCCCUUGUUUGAGUUUGUGGUGAAAACGCUCAAAAUUGUCAAGGAUGAAUCUUGCAACAGAUCCUCUACAUCACUCCAAUGCUAAUGUUAUUAAACUGAACUCACUUUUCUACUGUUAAUAUCACGUGGCGAUAUGGAUUCAGUUGAUUCAGUUUAUUGUGCUGUUUAAUAAAUAGUGGAUAUUCUCUCUAAGUCAGGAUCUUUUACUUAAUGCAAACUCUCACUGGGAAAUCCUGAAUAAUCAUCAUUUCCAUGUUCUGCAUAAAUGUGUUACAAGAGCUCCCAACAAAGUGAAUUAGCUGAUGAAUUUAUCCUCACCAACCUUUCUAACUGAGAAUUGACAUUAUGAAAAUGUCUACAUCUGGCAGAUUGAUGGCACUCUGCCAGCCCCACACUGAUUUACAUCAAGCUGGGUAAUGAGCUUCCAUCACAUGGGUGGUGUCACAAACAUCCUUCUGUUCAACUGCUACAACAGCACUUAAUUCAGAACCAAAUAUCAGUCUUCUGAUCAGUGUUAAUAUGUAAAUAUGUAAAGAAACAAUGUUUGUUUUGCAAAGUCAUUUUAUAUAGAAUUACUUAUUAACUCAGUGGGAGGGUGGCACAGAUGCAGAGUUGCUGCCAUUCAGUACCAGGGACACUGGUCGGAUCCUGACAAUGGAUGCUUGUCUGUACGGAGUUUGUACAUUCUCUCUGUCACAGCAUAGGUUUGCUCUGAGUGCUCCUGAUUCCUACCACAUUCCAAAGAUGUCCAGGUUUGUAGGUUGAUUGGCUUCUGUAAAAUUGUCCCUAGUCUGUAGAAAUGGAAUUAGUGUACUGGGAUCACUAGUCGGCGUGGACUCGGUGGGCCGAAGGGCCUGUUUCCAUGCAGUUCUCUAAGCUAAACUUUAGAGAUGGGGAGAUAGAUGUAAACAUUCAAGUGAGAUACACAACAAUAAGAUAUGGAGAUCUAAUUGCAAAAUUAAACCUUGUUAUCUGUGGUAAUCUUCAUUCACUAAAUUGCAAACCACAACAGUAGGAAUUUCUCUUUUACUGCUUGAGAAUACCCCAACCCUAUUGGAACGUGGUCAUUCAAUCUCAUUGGGUGAAGAAAUAGUGUUAAGAGUAUUGCUGUGCCUUUGCUUAUUGUGAGAAAAGCAGAGAUUACCUGGAAAACACCAAGUCCUCCUUUGCAUUGAAAGGUCCAGCAGAUCAUAUAGAAUUGUGCAAGUAAGUUCAUUGCCUGAAGCAACUCUCUGCACCGUGCAGUGCUUUUGAAGCACUUCACUUGACACACAACUUUUGUUAUUUGUAUUGUUCCACAACAGGUAGAAUCUUUACCUAACACACUGUUCAAUGAGGAUGAAAUAUGUUGUUACCUAAAACAUAUUUGAAUAAAAUCAGCUCUGUACAUUAA